AUGGCUCCAAAGAAAAAGGAAGAAGAGCAAAAAAUAUUAUUAGGAAGACCUAAAAAUACAUUAAAAAUGGGAUUAGUUGGUUUACCUAAUGUAGGGAAAUCUACUACUUUUAAUGUAUUGACGAAAUUAAAUAUACCUGCUGAGAAUUAUCCUUUUUGUACAAUAGAUCCACAUGAGGCAAAGGUUACUGUUGAAGAUGAGAGAUUUGAUUGGUUAGUAAAUCAUUUUAAGCCUAAAAGUUCUGUUCACGCUUACUUAUCUAUUUUUGAUAUAGCUGGAUUAGUUAAAAAUGCUCAUUUAGGAGAAGGGUUAGGAAAUAAUUUUUUGUCAAAUAUAUCAGCAGUAGAUGGGAUAUAUCAUGUUGUAAGGGCUUUUGAAAAUGAAGAUAUAAUUCAUACUGAGGGUAACAUAAACCCAAUAAGAGAUUUAGAAAUAAUUAAUUCCGAAUUAAUUUAUAAAGAUAUUAGUCAUUGUGAAAGAAACUUAGAAGAAAUAAGUAAAGUUUUAAAUAGAAACAAAAAAGAUAAAAUUAAGCAAAAUGAACACGAUGUAUUAACAACUGUUUUAAAUCAUUUAAAAGAACACAAAUGGAUUAAAGAUGGAAAUUGGAAAAAUGCUGAAGUUGAAGUUAUUAAUGACUUUAACUUUUUAACAGCAAAACCUGUUGUUUACCUAGUUAAUAUGAGUGAAGAAGAUUUUAUAAGACAAAAAAAUAAAUACUUAGCAAAAAUAUAUAACUGGGUACAGGAAAAAAAUAAAGGUACUAUUAUACCUUAUUGUGCAGAUUUUGAACAGAAAAUAUUAAGUAUGACAGAAGAAGAAAAAAUAGAAUAUUUUAAAAAAAAUAAUAUUAAACAAAGUAUGUUGAAUAAAAUUAUAAAAACAGGAUAUUAUGAAAUUAAUCUAAUUCAUUUUUUUACAUGUGGUCAAGAUGAAGUAAAGUGUUGGACUAUUCGAAAAGGAACAAAAGCUCCUCAAGCAGCUGGCGUAAUCCACACUGAUUUUGAAAAAGGAUUUAUAUGUGCUGAAGUAUACAAAUAUACGGACUUAGUUGAACAUAAAUCUGAGAGUGAAGUAAAGGCUAAUGGAAAAUAUUUACAAAAAGGUAAAGAUUAUGUAAUAGAAGAUGGAGAUAUCGUAUUUUUCAAGUUUAAUGUAUCAUCAGGAAAAAAAUAA